UUAUCUUAUAUUUGUCGGUGAUAAAGAGAAUACUAGCUGGAAGAAUCAGGUGUACACUGUCGUAUUCAUCCGUAGUUACCACGUUGUCCACGUUUUGAUAUUAAUUCAAAAAGUGAUUUUUGCGGAAGAAAUCCGCGUCCAAACGUGUUUUUUGUUGCAAAAUUUGUUUGGAAUACACAAGUGUAAAAAUUAGCUCUAAAACAAUGGUUGGCAAAACUUCCGGGCCUCAAUUAGAGCAACGAAUUCAGUGUAUAAAAUUUACCAUUUUCUGCUUGAAUGCCAUCAUAUGGCUACUUGGAAGCUCAAUGUUUGGAUUAUGCAUGUGGCUAAGGAUGGAUCCAGAUUUCCAGGAGUGGGUUGCGUUCCUUGAAAUAUAUGAAUUCUACAUCGGCAUUUACAUCCUACUUGCGGCUUCGAUAUUUAUCGUAAUUAUUACGUUCAUUGGCUGUGGAGUCGCUCUUAUGGAACAUAUCCUUGGUCUCUACGUUUAUGUAGGAUUGCAAUUACUUUCCUACGUUCUUGGCCUGGCAGGGACAGCAGUUCUCCUCGAUUAUUCCACCUACGACAGUAAUAUUCAGCCGCUUAUACGACGAUCCAUGACCUCACUCAUCAACAAUUACCACGAUCAAAGAUCGACGUACAUUCUACAAUUAAUUCAAGAGAGUAUCGGUUGCUGUGGUGCCGAUGGCCCGAUGGAUUAUAUAACCUUGAGGAAACCAUUACCCACUGAAUGUAGGAACACGGUUACUGGAAACGCCUUCUUCUACGGAUGUGUCGAAGAAAUUUCAUGGUUUUUGGAGGGUAGAUCGGGUUGGCUAGCUGGUUUAUCAUUGGGUCUAUGUAUGCUCCACAUAAUAAUAGCUGCCCUAAGUCUAGCGCUGAUCCGAGCUAUUAAAAAAGAAGAACAAUCCGUUACAUUCAAACAUUGAUUUGUAUUGAUUUAGUACAAUGAUGUACGUUAAUAAUAAUCGUUAUUAGACAAUAUUAAUGACUGGACUGCAGAUGUUUAGAUAUAUUUGUGGAAAAUUUAAAAGUACAAACAUUUGCAGAAUACCUGUAACGCGAGGAAGUAUACAAAAUAUCCAAAGUAAACCACAAAUAUUUAGGAGAUGAAACAAAUGAGGUUUCGUAUUUUUGAUCGUUUUGAUGCAAAUAUGAAUUGGCAUAAACAUUCGCAGUCUACUAACGGCAAUCAAUGACAAUAUAAUAUUCACUUUGUGAAUUCAUAUCUAUGAAAAAAUGGACUGAAACGAGGAGAGACAGAUUUAAGAUCAACGAGUUAGACAAUGUGUCGAAGAAAUAUACGAAGAAUAUAGAAUAUUCUUCUUAAAUUCAUCUUUUUUUAAUUUUUACUUAUAAUAAUUACUCGCUAUAGCAUUUUUCGAUGAAGUAGAAUACAUGCUCGGUAUGUAUAUACUGAAUGUAUUCUUAGCUAAAAGAAAUCUUUGUAGUGCUAUUUAGAGCAAAAGAAAAUUAGGUGCACGUGCUUGUUCUAAGUUUAGAAUUAAACUUCAUUACGUAAUCUCUU